AUAAAGCCCUAGAAAGAAAGAAAAGGCGAAAAAAUCGAAUAGUUGUGGAUCGGGAGCGAGAAGCAUAGGCGGCGGCGUCGGAGGAUUCCCUGUUUGUUGUAAUUACGCAGCGGGGGAAGCAGUAGGUAGCGGAUUGGAGUUUACAGCAAUGGUUUACAUCAUUUCUUGGGACGAUUUCGUUGAAAAAUCCACACAGCUAUUUCGCGCCAAUCCUGAGAAUACGCGGUAUGUUAUGAAAUACAGGCAUUCCGAUGGUAAACUGGUUCUCAAGGUUACUGAUGAUAAAGAGUGUAUAAAGUUCAAGACAGACCAAGCUCAAGAUGCCAAGAAAAUGGAGAAGUUUAACAAUAUAUUCUUCACCCUGAUGUCUCGUGGAGCUGAUGCGGAUAUUUCAGAAGGUGGAAAAGAGCAGAUUGAGUCACUGCCAGCCAAGAAAGGGCGGGGGCGGAAACAAUAAAAUCUCUCUCUCGCUCUCUCUCCAAGGAAAAACGCCUGACAAGACGUUUGUAGUUUGAUCAUGGUUGCAUGCAACGUUUGUCUUUUUGCUUUGCUAACUUCGAUGUACAUCUCGUAUACCUUCUUUGCGUACUAAUCAAUCAAAGGGCAUGCCUGCAUGAUUGGAAUUACUGUUGCUAAAAGGGUGAAUUUCAAUUCUGUACUGUCAAAGCACCAAAGCAACACUCAAGUUAAAGCUGGUAGGUUGUGUUUCAAAAAUUUGCACACUUCUGUUCAUUUCUGCAUAGUGCAAUUACAUUAGUGACCACAAUAA